AUGGCAACCCUUGAAAAGACCAAGCAACAGCCCAAGAAGCUCCCCGUGCAAGAGGACCUCUCCGAUGGUGAAGACUAUGACAGCGCCGACGACUACACCGAUGAGGAGGAGGAAGUACCACAAACAAAGGCCCAGAAGAAGAAACAAUUGCAGAAGAAGCCACUGCAGAAACAGAAACAACCCGUUCAAGAAUACGACUCCGACGAAUACACGGACGAAGAUGACUACGGCUCAGACGAGUACGAAUACUCCGAUGACGAAGCCGUGCAGCCCUACUCGAAUGAAAAUUCAGAUUUCAAGCCCUCCGGAGGCAUGGACGUCCUCCAUAAGGAAGAGAAAUCAAUGCUGGACGAGGAAGGCAUGAAGUUGAGAUUGGAACUGAAUCUGGAAAUCGAGGUCGAGCUCAAGGCACGCAUUCACGGAGACCUCACCAUAGCUCUUAUGUAA